AGCCGCUUCGGGUGAGGGGCUGGCGGGCGGCCGAGCCUGCGCUGGAGUCCCCGGGAGGGAGGGAGAGAGAGGCCCUGGGCCUCGCCUGCUGCGCGGCUGGUGCUUCUCGUUACUGCAGCAGAGCUGCGAGUUUGCCGUAUCUCUGUGUGCGCACAGUGUACAACGAGCUGUAGCGUCACUUAAAGGGCUGGCGUGAGAAGGGAAGCGGUUAGUUUGGAAAAUACCUUUAAGAUCAUGAAGUCCAACCCGCAUCUGUUUCCAGCCUCUUGUCAGGGAGUUGUAGAGAGCGAUAAGGACUCCCUGAACCACCUUUUUUCCAACCUGAGCCCCUCGCAGCUCGCUGAGCUGCUCCUCCUCAGACCUGUGAUCCAGCCCCUUCACCAGCUCUGCUGCCUUUCUCUGGACAUGCUCCGGCACCUCAGUGUCUUGGAGAGUGGUCCUGAGCUGAACCCAGGAUUUGAGGUGUGGUCUCACCAGUGCUGAAACUGGUUACUCCGUGCCCAUGCACGGUACACGGUGGGCAGAGGACAGAGAGCGUUGUGCAACCACAGAGCUCUGGCCAGCACAGGCAUCUACCCAUCAUUGGGCACUGGAGGAUACAUGCAGGAGAAACAGUAUGGAUGUUCCAAGUGUGGAAAAAACCUUAUUUGAAUCUUUUCUUCCCAGACAAGAAAGAAAGCUUCAAAAAAAAACCCACAUAGUGAAAGAAUCAGGUUCCUUCAAUCUCUUGUUCCCAAAAGAAUGUAGGUGGGAAUGUGCUGCUGCCACAAGAAAUCUUAUGUGAGCUGCCUGUGGAGACUUUUUUAUAGCAGAAGUUUGAGAGUUGAUUUCCCAAGCAGUUUUUGCUUUGUCCGGAAUAUGUUUUCUUAAGAGAAAUAUGUGUAACUUAGGCAGGCUACAUGUUUGUGUUUUGGGUUGGUUUUUUGUUUUUUUUUUUUUUUAACAUACUCAGAAUAAAUUUCCUUUGAUCUCAGGGAUGAGCUGCUUGGCUGCCUACUGUACAUAGUGAGCUAUCAAAAAGCUUAGAGUCUAUUAUGUGACAGUCACUACACAAAGCAGAAGAGAAUGGUUGGUUCGGUUUUUAAUCUGCUGGAAGAAGACCUUGUUUCUCUCAGCAUCCAGAUUUUAUCUGUGUGUCUUAAAAACGUAUGCUGUUGGAUGACCAUGGCAAGGAGACAACUCUGCACACAGAGGAUAUACCCCAGGGAAUUGUGGUAAUUGUUUUUUAACUCCCUGUGUGGAAAAAAGCAGUUUUCCUCACCUACACGACUUCUUUGCCGAUGAAGACCGAUUUUUCAGGGAUUUUUUCUGUAUUUUGACAUUACCUCCUAUGAACUACUUACUGGUACAUCUUGCAUGGAAGUUGGCCAGAGACAUAAGAGAUUUUACUCAGCAACUGGCAGUAGUACUCUGACCUUGUGCAGAAAAGUCAAGUCUCAUCUGUGUUUUACUAUGCGUGAGAGGCACGAGUUCAGCUCUUGCUCAGUGAUGAAGAGGUCCCAAAUAACCAUGCAUUUUACUGUCCUGCAAAGCAGAGUACAUAGGGGUUUUCAGCAUCCUGAGAGGAUUUGGAGAAAACCAGAAAACAUGGAGAAAAUGCAUGCCUUUUGCAAUAAAGCAAGAAUGGGAAUGGUUUUGAAUAGUCUUUACUUUUGUUUUUUUUCAGGUUUACACUAUCAACUUGGAAUCUCGCUAUAUACUGAUACAAGGAGUUCCUGCAUUAGGUGUUAUGAAGGAAUUAGUUGAACAAUUUGCAUUAUAUGGUGCCAUUGAGGAAUAUCAUGCACUAGAUGAAUAUCCAGCAGAGCAGUUUACUGAAGUGUACCUUAUAAAAUUCAAAAAACUGCAAUGUGCAAGGGUGGCCAAGAAAAAAAUGGAUGAACGAAGUUUCUUUGGUAGUUUGCUGCACGUAUGCUAUGCUCCAGAAUUUGAAACAGUCCAAGAAACUAGAGAGAAGUUGCAGGAUAGAAGAAGGUAUAUAGCAAAAGCAACAAAUCAAAGAGAUUGCUUUAUAUUAAAGAAAGUAGAAGGCCCUAAGAAGACAGCCUCAAAUAACUCUGAGCAUGACUGUCCAUGGAGUACAUCAGGGUCAAGUACAGCCAGUAACUGGGAUCCAUCCUGCUUUACAAGUUUUCCCGGGGUAUCCCACAACACAGCAUAUCCAUCUGGGAAUCAGAAUCAGAGCCUGUUAACAUCUCCACACUAUGAUAACAAUUGUGCUGAAAUUUCUGGGUACUUUGGUCAAAACACAUCUUUAACUCCAAGUGUACAUCCAGGAGUGUACACUCCAUCAGCUUCCUCAAUGCAGCACAGAAUGGUUCCAGCUUGCAGUGGAAUUGACAGGUUUAUGCCUCGUACAACUCACCUACAAGAACGUAAAAGGAAGAGAGAAGAAGGUAACAAGUUUUCCCUCAUUGGAACAAGUGAGGACAAUACUGAAGUUGUUAUUGGUCCACAACUACCAGAAAUACCUAAAGUGGAUAUGGAUGAUGAGUCUUUGAAUACUUCAGCUACAUUAAUUCGAAAUAAACUGAAAGAGGUAGCAGAUUCUGUUUCAACAUCUGUGGAAAAGCCAGAGAGCAGCGCAGCCAAACCAGUUCUUAAGCAGAGAAGAAGAAUAUAGAUACUGCUGGCAGCAUCUUCCAACAGUCCUUUUGUAAAGAAUAUAGUUUAAAAUAUGUAUUUUUUUAAUGUAAAAAAUAAAACUUUCUUUAUACUGUA